AUAAGAGCUUUAGUAUUUAGAGAAACAGGACUAAUUUUCUGCAUUCAACAUUAUCAAUCAAGUUUUUUUUCAUUAUUCUAUAUAGUUUAUAGUCGAAGAACCGAAGAACAAUUUUAUUAAUGGAUGAGAAUCAAAUAUAUGAAAAUAACUACGAUGAAGUUAAGAGGAUAUCCCAUAUAGAACCAACAAGAACUUUAAUAGAUUUACCAAAGACUACUGAAUCAAUGCACGUUGUAACAAUAACAGAGGAAAGAAAGAAAACAUUAAAGAAAAAAUUAAGUCGCUCAAAUUCGAUUGGAAAUGUUCAGGGAUUAUUAAAGAUUUUUGAUGAUAUUCAAAUUGCAAAUGAAAUACGUAAGAGUUCAUCGUUUGAAGAUGUUCAGUAUGAAUCAUUAGAAUUUCCAACUAGAAGACGGACAAGCGGCUUAACACUUUGGAAUUGGUCAAAAAAAGAAGAAAAAACAGAAGAAAAGCCAAAAGAAUCUGAAAAAGAAAAUGAGAAAGUGCGAAAGAGAAAGAAAUCAAAAUUAACAGAAAUUGGCAUUAGACUUGGCAGGAGAAUUAGUGUAACAUUCGGAGAUUUGUUCUUAAAUAAGCUCUUAAGUAUCGAUCAGAAUAAAGAAAAAAAGGCCAAUAUGAACGUUUCCCCGCCUUCUUCACCACCUCAACUACCACCCCGGCCAAACAGGCAACCUCAGUCUAGAGUUCGCUACUCCUCUUCAGAAUCUGAGGGUUAUUUGUCACCAGAAAAUGACAAUUUUGAGCCCUGUAAAGAAGUUCCAAGUCCUGAAUAUGAAGAGCUUCCAGUGCUUCGCAAUCCCAAUCGACCACCAUCACCACCUCCAAUAACUCAUAGCAGACAGCCCCGACUUUCAGAUACAAGGUUGACACCACGUGCUUCCGAGUUGUCGGUAGCUAAAGAUAUUAGCCAAACCUCCAUUCAAAGUGAUCAUAGCAAUGGAAACCGUAUCGAUGAUUCUUUCAAAGAGGAUCUGAACAGGAUUAUUUCACAACCAAAAGCCAAGAACCCAAGCUCAAAUCGAAGUUCUAAUACAUCCGACACGGGAUCCGACUCCAGUAGAAAGAGAAUGCCACUACCAAAGCCACCUAUUGAGAAUAAACCUACAUUUAUUGCAAAAGCAGAGAGCAAAAAACGCAAUAGCAUUGACCUAUGUCCAUGGUACCACGGUAAUAUAACAAGGCCCCUUGGAAACAGUCUAUUAGAAAACGAAAAGGAUGGUACAUUCUUAAUUCGCGAUUCUCAAAAAGCCAACCAACCCUACACUAUUAUGAUUAAAGACAAAUCGAAAAUAUUUAAUUUACGAAUUCGUAGAAUCCGUAAUCCAUAUCCCAGACUCUGGGAGGGAUACGCAAUUGGUGAGGAAAAACCGAAUGAAGAGUACUUUCCAAGCGUUGCCACUAUGAUUGAAAAAUUUCGACAAGAACCAUUAUCUUUAUCCAACGAUGUGUCCGUUAUACUACAAGAUUGGGUAGUAAAUGAAGAUUCGCCUGAAACGAAUGACAAUCAUGCUUUUCAAACCACUAACAAUAGAUCACCAUGCUUUAAUAUUCCGAACACAGGCUAUAAUCAUUGUUCAAGUUUACCUAAUUUCGAAUAUCUGCCCUUGGCUCCGACUAAACCCAAUUUGGGUGAGGAGGAUUAUUUGGAACCGACUAAACUGUCUGAAAGGCAAACUCCUUGUUUACAAAAUGGCAAUGAAAACAACUUUCAAGUAAAUCCUAUAGUCGAAGGUAGAAUAUCACCUAGAAAAAUUUCGUCAGAAGAACUGCCCCGUUUGCUAAAUACUAACAGACCUCUACCAGAAAUUCCAAAGUCAGAGAGGAAAAAGAAACAACCACCAAAAGUAUCAUCUUUGCGACCAGCAGAUCAACCUUGGUAUCAUGGAGAUAUUUCUAGGAAAGACGGCAAUGAAAAGCUUUUAAAAAUCAAUCAGAACGGAUCAUUUCUUAUCCGAAAAUCUACUGGGGGAAAUCAGAAGCAGCCUUUCACUCUAAUGAUCCUAUGCAAAUAUAAGGUCCUAAAUAUAAAAAUAAGACGUAAAUCAGAUGGUCACUUCGCAAUUGGUGAGGAAAAAUUGGAUGAACCUAACUUUCAAACAUUGUCCGAACUCGUUUGCUUUCAUAAAAAGAAUCCAAUUCAAUUUCUGGGCAGGGAAUCAGGCGUAAUAAUGUUAGGAACACCAGCAACUAAAUGA